AUGUUCGCCGUCCCAGGCUGGUCCCUCGAGACCUCUGCUCUCAAGCAGCAGCAGGCCGAAGCGUCCCAGAAGCAAUCUUCGUCCAAGAGCUCAACUGGGGCUAAUAGUACCCCCAUCAACAACAGGGACAAGAAGCGCAAGCGCGAAGAUCAUGUCACCAAGGGCAAUGUGGAUGAGAUGUACCGUCGGCAUAUCGAGGGCCAGAAACCGACUCCCAAAGGCCAGAAGCAGAAUGCGAACAACAAUGCCGUGAAGGCUGAUAAGAAGCCUAAGAAGGGUGGAGAUGGUCAGGGAAAGCAGAGCGAGGCGACGAAAGAGCAACCCAAAGAAAAGCCCGAAACUACCGGGGAGGAAGGAAAGCCCGCCAACAAGAAGCAGAGGAAGAACAAGAACAAGAACAAGGAUCAGCAGCAAGAAGCUUCAACUGAGACUCCAGCUGCCGAGUCCUUACCUGUCGCUCCACCGAAAACAGAGGCCAUUCUUACUCCCCUCCAACAAGCUAUGCGACAGAAGCUGAUCUCAUCCCGUUUCCGCCAUCUGAACGAGACGCUAUACACGACACCCUCUGCCAAAGCCUUUGAGCUUUUUAGCGCGAACCCAGAACUGUUCGACGAGUACCACGCCGGCUUCUCUCGCCAGGUCAAGGAGUCCUGGCCUUCCAAUCCUGUCGAUGGCUACAUCAAGGCCUUCCGCGGUAGAGGGGCAGUUCGUGGCCCUCCCAAGAAAGGAAAGUUCGACAACAAGCGGAAUUCCGCUCUCGCGCUCCCUCGUCGGCCCAAUGGACUGUGCACCAUUGCUGACCUUGGCUGCGGUGAUGCCCAGCUCGCCCGCGCUCUGUUGCCCUCCGCCCAGAAGCUGAACCUCAAGCUUCUCAGCUACGAUCUCCACGCCCCCGAGGGCUCUCCGAUCACCAAGGCAGACAUCUCCAACCUCCCAUUGGCCGACGGCUCUGUCGAUGUGACUGUCUUCUGUCUCAGUCUGAUGGGCACCAAUUGGGUCUCUUUCGUGGAGGAAGCAUGGCGGGUCCUGCGCAGUGACGGCAAGGGCGAGUGCUGGGUCAGUGAAGUCAAGAGUCGCUUUGGUAAGGUGCACCGCAAGAAGGCACAAAUAGGAGCGAAGAAGCCGCUCAGCAAGUCAGAGAAGAAGAAGCUUAAGAAGAAGGCUGGUGAUGAUGAAGGAUCAGACGUGGAUGACGCAGAUAUCUAUGCUGAAGACGCUCGUCCGGCUGACAAUGACGACGAGACGGAUAUCUCUGCUUUCGUGGAGGUGUUCCGCACGCGAGGCUUCGUUCUGAAGCCCGAGUCAGUUGACAAGUCCAACAAGAUGUUUGUGAAGAUGGAGUUUGUCAAGGCGGGUGGUGCUCCUACCAAGGGUAAAUAUGCCUCGACGACAGGCGCAGCUGCUGGUCCUGGAAAGAAGAGGUUCAUUGACAGGUCGGCUCUCGCUGACAAAGGGAUGACUGCCGAGGAAGAGGCCGCUGUUCUCAAGCCUUGUGUCUACAAGAUCCGGUAG